AUGUCCGUCACGGCCACGAGCCCCUUGAUUAGAUGGGGUCUCAUCCUCCCCCUCAUAGUCGUCACCUUUGCAGUCGCAUACCGCCUCCAGCAGCCACUCACAGGCUCAAAUGGUGAAAAUUCAGCCACAUACUGCUACAGCUCCAUCCGAACCCAUGACUCUGAGCAGGCGGAAGCUCAAUGCUUCACCGUUGCUGGUGGCGUCUUCACGGCCGUUGGCCCAAGUGAUGCUAACCAGACGACGAUAGAUGGCUAUGUGAUUCCGGGACUUUGGGAUGGGCAUGGCCACUUACUUCAGUAUGGAGAGUUUCUUCAUUCGGUGGACCUGUUCGGUGCUCAAUCGUUGGAAGAAGUGCGUGCUAGGAUUAAGGAGUACAUGGCCAAGAACCCUGGUGCUGGAUCCAGGGAUAACUGGCUUCGCGGUGUAGGAUGGGAUCAGACGUUCUUUGGUCGCAUGCCUACAGCUGCUGAUAUCGCAGAGGACCCAGAGCUCAGUGACAUCUAUCUCAUGCUUGAUCGCAUCGAUGUCCACUGCACAUGGGUCUCUCAGCCUGUUCUCGACCUUCUACCAGCAGAUCUACCGGAGGUGGUUCCAGGGGGUGAAAUAAUCCGAGAACCCGGCCUGGGAGUGUUCUGUGAUAACGCCAUGGACUUGGUGAUUGCGAUCUGGCCUAAGCCUACUCGAGAGUUCAAGGCCCUUACAGUUAGAACCGCCAUGAAGCGCCUCAAUGAGGUCGGUCUUGUUGGCAUGCACGACGCUGGAGCAACCCCAGAUACCCUUAACCUCUACAACGAAUUGUCAUCUUCUGAUGACUGGACUCUUCGAGUGUAUUCCAUGUUGGAAUGCCCUCAGCGCAAUUCGUACUGCCCAGAUGAAGCUGUCAUGUUCGCCCGACACGAUGACCGUUUCGCCGUACGAAGUGUCAAGCUGUUUGCCGACGGAGCCCUAGGUAGUUGGGGCAGCGCGAUGCUGGAACCUUACUCCGACCACUCCUGGACGUCAGGUUCGCUCCUCAUCAACGCCUCUGCCCUCACUGAUGUGGCCAAGCGCUGGGCUGCCGACGCUUAUCAGGUUAACAUCCAUGCCAUAGGAGAUCUCGCAAAUCGCAACGCUGUUGACGCUCUAGAGGCAGCUCUCGUCCAGGAGUGUCUUAACGAGGCCACCGCUCAGGGUGCUCCCCCCUCUGUAUCGGGACAGCCUGUAAACGAGUCUCAGGAUCAGUUAGAAGCUCGUGCUGCCUGCCAGUCUCGACACCGCUUCCGCAUCGAGCAUGCUCAAAUCAUCCACCCAGAUGACCAGAAGCGCAUACUAUCGCUUGGCAUCAUCCCUUCUAUCCAGCCAACGCACGCUACAUCAGACAUGAAAUACGCCCUCUCCCGUCUCGGAAAAGACCGCCUCUCAUCCUCAGCCUACCGUAUGCGCUCUCUUCUACCCGCCCGCCCUAUCCUUGGCAGUGACUUUCCUGUCGAACCUCCCAACCCCUUUCAAGGCAUCUACGCCGCUGUGACCCGUCGGAGUCCGCAUACCGGUCGUGGUCCCGAGGAUAGCCCAGACGGCUGGCACACAGAAGAGGCCCUGAGCCUGGACGAGGCUAUGUGGGGUUUUACUAGAGCACCUGCUUACGGUGCAUUUCUUGAUGAUCGCGCUGGCGUUAUCAGUGAGGGCGCUUUGGCUGAUUGGGUUGUCCUUGAUAAGCCCAUCGAGUCUCUUGAUGUCGAAGAACUACGGACUCUGAAAGUGAGAGAAACAUGGGUAGCAGGCAAGAAGGUCUAUGAACGACCUAGUGAAGACUAG